AUGCGGGGCGACGGGCGGCGGCCCGACGUGAAGUUGCGGGGCGACGGGCGGCGGCCCGACGAGAAGCUGCGGGGCGACGGGCGGCGGCCCGACGGGAAGCUGCGGGGCGACGGGCGGCGGCCCGAUGAGAAGAGGGAAGGGGGUGGGGGGCAGAUGCAGGUGAGAGAAGGGGGUGGGGGGGCAGAUGCAGGUGAGGGGAUGAUGGGUUCAGAUUUGAUUGCCAUGCUGCUCGCUGAGACACAUGCACCAGAUGCAGAGGAGGGGGACGCGGGGGAGGGUGGGGAGGGCGGGGAUGCAGGCCAGGGCGGUGAGGAGGAUGGGGAGGAGGGCGCAGAUGGGGAGGAGGAUGAAGCGGACGAGGAAAAAGAGGAGGAGGAGGGGAAGGACAGGAAAGGGCAGGCCGAAGGGAAGGAGCGUGAAGGAAGCAUGGAAGGUGCAGGAGAGGAGGGGCAGAAGGAAGAGGGGUGGAGCAACGGGCUGCAAGCGCUGGAUGCGAUUGGUGCUGCGGGGAGCAGAGGAGGAGCGGGUGAGGGGGAGGGCAAGGGCGCGCAGGGAGAGGUGGAGGAGGCGAGGGAAGGCGGAGUGGAUGGCGGGAAGGCUGGGGGAGUAGUAGGUGCGUUGAGUCCCACUUCAGGUGGCGUUGCUGGUGUGACGACAGCGUCGGCACCGGCGGAUGCAGCAACACAGGGCGCAGCAGCAAAGGGGAUGGCAGCAGUGGGCACGGCAGUGGAAAGGGCAGAAACAGAGGGGGCGGCAGCAGGAAAGGAGUCAGCAGCAACGGCACUGGUGGCGUGCAGCUCGCUGGCAGGCGUCCCAGAGGACUUGCGGGAAGUGAUGAGGGAAUACCCCGAAUUCGACCAGGCAACGCUGCGAGACAUGCUGGUGGGAGAGGCAGGCGACGAUGUGGAGGAGCUGAGGGGCAUGCUGAAGCACAUGCACUGCCACCAGCAGCAGGGGGGCGGUGCAAGUGGUGGAAGGGGGCGCGGGCGAGGGCAGGGGAGAGGGAGAGGGGCGGGGAGGGGGAGGGGGAGGGGGAGAGGGAGGAGAGGAGUGGAAGAGGAGAGUGCAGGGGCAGAUGAGAAGGCAGGGGCAAGGAAGCGGCAGAGGGAGGAUGUGGUGGAGGUGGAUGGGGGCAGCUCUGAUGAUGAUGUGGUGGAGUGUUAG